AUGGCACUUGGUGGAAAGGCGACAUUGGUGCUACUCCUUUGCGUCAUGGUAGCAAAUGCCGUCGAGGGUGAGGUGGUGACCUGCCAGAUGGUGGUCAGUAGCAUAAAACCGUGUGUUGGCUACCUCACUAUAGGAGGUCCACCGCCACCCUCAUGCUGUAAUGGGGUAACCUAUCUCAACAAGGCUGCAGCAACCACCCCCGAUCGCCAGACCGCUUGCAAGUGUCUGAAACAAGCCGCCACCAUGGUUCCAGGGCUCAACCUUGAUGCCGCUGCUAGCCUGCCCGUGAAAUGUGGCGUCUACAUCCCCUACGAGAUCAGCCCUGAUACUGACUGUGCAACGUAA